AUCAAGAAGAAGAUGGGGGAAACUUCGCUAGGAUUUUCUUGCGCGAUUCCAGAUUAGGGUUUCUUUCUCUCUCCUCUGCGCGUUUUCUUCCUCUGUUCUUCUGCACUUGUUCCGUAAUUGGGGCAUCGAUCUUUGAGCUCUAUCUUCUCUUGAUUACUUUUCAAAUUCAUCUCGUACGUGCUUCCGUUCGAUUUUUCUUGAUGUUGCCUGCAUUCGGUUUCUUGAUUUGAAUGAUUUGCUAGAGGAAGUCGCUGAAGAAGGUAGAGAUGGAUGAAGGAGAGGGAGGGUUCGGUGAGGGUGUGGAUCAGAUUGAUCAGUUUCAUCGGAAUGAGGCUAUUUCUGCUGUUGCUGAUGAUGGUUUCUUGGGCGAAGAUGAGGAUGAAUACGAGGACCUGUACAACGAUGUCAACGUUGGGGAGGGGUUUCUUCAGUCGUUGAGGAAGAACGAAGAUUUGGGAUUUAAGAACGUGGAGGAGCCCAAGAGGGAGCCUCCUGCAGCUGUAGCACCCAGUUCUGGUGCUUCGAUUCCUGGGGUUGGUGGAGGUGCGAUGGAAGUUUCUGGUUUAGGAGAUGGCGGGCCCAGUGUUUCGGUGAGACCAACCGAGGGAUACAAUCAGAUUCCAGAUUUAAGAACGAACGAGAUGGCUAUCAGAGGUGGGGCUGGAUCGGGGCCUCCUAUUGGCGGUGGAGGUGGGAUUAGGGUUGAAUUAGGGCAAGGGAGUAAAACCAACGAGUUGGAGGAGCGAAGUAGUAAUAACGCAGCUGCGCACCAGCCUCCGCAACAGCAACAGCAACAGCAACAGCACCACCCCCAACCACCGCAGGGUGGGCUUUUAGGAAACCCUGGAAACGUAGAAAAUGAAGGCUUGUUAAGGCAAGGUGGUGGAGUAAAUGUAAAUGGGGCUGGUGGUAAUGGGUUAGGUAAUAUGGGGAAUGCAGGGGGAGGUGGUGGUGGUGGAACGAUUUUGUUUGUUGGUGAUUUACAUUGGUGGACUACAGAUGCUGAGCUUGAGGUGGAACUCUGCAAGUAUGGUCCGUUGAAGGAGGUCAAGUUCUUCGAUGAGAAAGCUAGUGGGAAAUCAAAAGGCUACUGCCAGGUUGAGUUUUAUGACUCAUCUGCUGCCACGGCUUGCAAGGAGGGAAUGAAUGGCCAUAUUUUUAAUGGACGUCCAUGUGUUGUUGCAUUUGCAUCACCAUUUAGUGUUAAGAGGAUGGGAGAAGCCCAAGUAAAUAGGAACCAGCAGAUAGCUCAGGCCACUAAUCCUCAAGCAAGAAGAGGUCCUAAUGAAGCUGCCGGUAAAAUUGGUGGAAGUAACAUUGCAACGGGUGGCAAUUAUCAAGGUGUUGAUAACAACAGAGGUUCUGGGCGAGGUAAUUGGGGAAGAGGUAAUGCACAUGGAAUGGGAGGUAGAGGACCAGCUGGUCUAAUGAGGGGCAGGGGAGGUGGGAUGGGUGGAAGAGGUAUAAUGGGGAAUGGUGGAACUGGAUUUGGCCAAGGAAUUGGUGGCACCCCUCCUCUUUUGCAUCCUCAGUCAAUGAUGGGUCAAGGUUUUGAUCCAACUUUUGGUGCACCCAUGGGAAGAAUGGGCGCAUAUGGAGGUUUUCCUGGAGCUCCAGCUCCCCCUUUUUCUGGAAUUUUAUCGUCCUUUCCCCCUGUGGGGGGUGUUGGCCUUCCUGGAGUAGCUCCUCAUGUGAAUCCAGCAUUUUUUGGAAGAGGUAUGCCUAUGAAUGGAAUGGGGAUGAUGCCAUCAUCAGGUGUUGAUGGGCAUAAUAUGGGAAUGUGGACUGAUCCUAGUAUGGGGGGAUGGGGCAGUGAAGAGCAUGGUGGAGGGAGAGCUGGCGAGUCAAGUUAUGGAGAAGAAGCUGGGUCCGACCAGCAGUAUGGCGAAGGCAGUCAUGAAAGAGGGGCGUGGGCAAACUCUGCAAAGGAGAAGGAUAGAGGUUCUGAAAGGGACUGGUCACAGUCCUCUGAUAGAAGGUAUCGAGAUGAUAGAGAUGGUGGAUAUGAUAGAGAGACUUCCAAAGAAAAAGAUCCAGGUCCUGACCAUGAUUGGCCAGAUAGAAGGCCACGUGAUGAUAGAGAUAUAGGGCGAGAAAGGGAUAAGGUUAGAGAUCGGGACAGGGAACGAUCCCGAGAUCAUGAGCGUGGCCAUCAUGACAGGGAUCGUGACCGUGAUAGGUACAAGGAAGAUAGGGACAGAUAUUCUGAUCAUCAGAGGUAUAGAGACCGUGAACCAGAGCAUGAGGAGGAGUGGGAUAGGGGACGGUCGUCAAGGACUCAUAGCAAGUCUCGCUUAUCUCAAGAAGAAGAAAAUCGUUCUAGAUCAAAGGAUGCUGAUUAUGGGAAGAGGCGGAGGCUUACCUCUGAGUAGUUGAAUCAUUCACCAUACAUGCUUCAAACUAUAGAGAGGAUGAUCUGAUUUGUUGCAGGAAAAAGGUACGUUCUUACAAUUCUUCUCUUUUUCCCAAUUUUUAAAAUUAAAUUCUGGUGGAUUUAUAGGCUUCAUUUUAUACACUAGUGAUGUUCUAAGGUCUUUAAAAUAUGGACAUGCUAAUUAAUGAACUUGUUCAAAACUGAUUCUCUUUAGAAAUAUAUGUUUGCUCUAUCCAUGCUCUGAUGAAAUUUCUUCUUUCCAAUUAAAAAAAUGUUGCAGCAGUGGUAGAUUUUUGGUUCUUAGGACUAGUAUCAUUGUUGAUUUUUGGUUCUUAGGACUAAUAUCAUUGUUGAUUUUAUUGCUAUAGUUGUAUCCUCUAUUGUUGUUUAGCACUAUUUACUGGCCUCAUUUUUCACUAGUUUUACGUUCCCAUUUGAUAAUUAUAAAAGUUAGCAUUUGUUGAUGAUAUGCUAGAUUAAAAUACACAAGACGUGGACUAGUUGACAUCUACAUUCUUUAAAAUAAUUAAACAGAUUAGAACACAGACAUGGUUUGGACUCUUCUGUUAGGAGUUAUUAAUUAUAUUUGAAUUUUUCAUACAUAUCAAUGAUACUUGAUUUCAAAGAUUAUGUCAAAGAUAUGAUCAAAUAUGGCCAUGUCUUUCGAAGUUGGAAAAAGUUAAAAAGGUUAAUAGAGUUUUGUUGUUAUCCUUGUUUCUAAUUUUAGUUUCUAAUUUUAGUUGCUCUAAUUCUAAUAAAAUCUAAUCCGUCCUUACUGUUGAGUUGGGAUUAAAUGUUAAGAUUAAAGGAAAUUUUAAUGGCCAAGAUGAGGGUUCCAACAGUUUAAUUGAAGGAAGUAUUAUAGUAUACUCAAGUUGAAACCAAAAAGAGGCAUGAGGUUUCCAAAUACUUCCAUUACCAAGGCGGGCAUGAGGUUUCCAAGUACUUCCAUUCUCAAGGCUCCCAACAAUCUGGUAAGAGGGAAAAUCAGGUCCACAUCUACAAGAAGGAAAAUAGAGGAUCAUGACAUCUUCUUUUGCCUUUCUGAUAUCUAUGAGGUGAGCUAUAGUAGUGAUGAUAGUCUUUGAUUAUGAUUAGUUUGGAAAGAAAAGAGGAAAGAGGCUGUAGAAGUGACUGUUUGUCUGGAUGGGACUGGGUUACCUUAUUCAAUCCUUGUAGUUUGGAAUAAGUCUACUUCUGCCACAAAAUACUUUGUUUUCUGUUUCUGAUUGUUUGGCAAAUGAGGUUGUUGAAGUUUCUAAAGAUAUGGAAGAUUUGAAGAUGGUACGAAGUUUGCGAUCAGUUUAGUUCCAAAUCGAGGCAAAGGGGAUGUUAAAAAGACAGCUUGAAAGGGCUAGAAUGAAAAAACUUGAGCGGCAAGAUGGAAGGUGUGUGGAAAAAGAAUGGAAAAGAAGUGUGUUUUUGGAGGAUCAAGCGUUGGGUUGGAGCUGUUUUGGCAGCCUGGUUCAGUCUGGGGUCUGCUUUCAUCUCGAAGUCUGGGUUAGAAUACUAAAGAUUGGGUUUUCGUUUGGUUGGUGUUUUUUUAUUGUGUUUUUUUAAGUUUCCCUUUCCAGUUUAGUAAUAGUUGUUUAAUGAUCUGUUCUGUGACUUAUGGGGCGGUGUUUUUCUAUGUAACUUUCUUGGGGUUUUGGCUGUUUUUUGUAUCCUGUAUUGGAGUUUGUACCUUUUCAUUUCAUCAAUGAGAAGUAUAGUUCGUUUGUAAAGAA